AUGCAUCAAAAUCAAACGAAAAAAAAAUCAUCAUCAUCAUCAUCAAAACCUUUUUCAUUAUUUGCACCAACAGUAGCUGAAGUUAAUCUUGUUAGUUCAUUUGCUCGUUGGCGAUAUAUAUCAAUGAUAAAAAAUAUUUAUACAGGAGUAUUUGAAAUACUAUCAUCUGUAGAAAUAAAUGAUGGUAUUUUAUCGAAAUUAAAUUAUUUAAUUGAUCUUGGUAUUAAUGCUAUUAAACUCUUGCCUAUUCAAGGUAUUUCCAAAAACAAAAAUACAAUAUGUUUAUUUUAUUUUAUUAAUCUUUUUGUUUUAUUAUAUAAAAAAAUUAUAUGGGUCAUGAACAUGAUUGGGGUUAUUACUCCAACACAUCAUUUUGCUAUAAAAACAAGUUAUGGAACAAAAAAUGAUCUAAAAAAACUUGUUGAUGAAUGUCAUAAACAUAGUAUUCGGUAUCAUAAAGAAGAAUAUCAUAGAAAAGAUUCCUAUUAUUGUGGACCUAGAUUUAAUUAUGAUUAUUAUGAUGAAAUAUUAAAAAUAAAACCAGCUGUUAAAUAUGCUCGAGAUAUAAUACUAUAUUGGAUUGAAGAAUUUCAUUUUGAUGGUAUUAGAUUUGAUGCUAUUAAACAAAUUGAUAAUAUAAAUAAUAUUUUACAUGAAUUAGAUCAUGUAACACGAUCUAUUCGUCAAAAUCAACCAUUUUUUACACAAAUUGAAAAUAUAUCUCAAACAUUAAAUAUUAUUAAAGAAAAUAAUAGUUCUAUUGAUGUAUGUUGGUCAUCAAAAUUUCAUGAUGUUAUUUAUCAAAUACUUAUUAAUCAAAAUAAAUUUGAUUUAGAUCAACUUAAAUAUGUUAUUACUUAUACAAGAUCGAAUAAUAACAAUAAUGAAGAUAUUAUUAUAAUUACAAAUUUUGCUAAUAAAAAAAAAAUUGAUUAUGAAAUAAAAAAUUUUUCGUAUAAUAAUGGUCAAUGGAUUGAUUGGUUAAUAAAUGAUAAUUAUAUAGUAAAUAAUUCAAUUCUUAAACUUGAUCUUAAACCAUUUGAUGAUAAAGUACUUAUUAAACAAAAAUAA